UUUUUAGCAAAAAAAAGGCAUUGCCGUGCAAAUUGCUCUCACACCCAGCUUUAAAAAACGUGCACGAAUUGUUGUUGAUUGCCCUCGCGCGGCUCCCACCAAGAAACUGCAUUUCUAAGGGUCAUCAAGGCAGUGCUAAGGGGGUCAUCAAGGCAGUCCAGCCAGCUUGGGCCCAGCCAUGGAGAGAGCAGACAGAAAAAGCCACGGCCCCUUCCUACUCCACAACACACCACUAGCAAAGGGGCAGGAAGCGCCGACAGCGGCGCCGCCGCCGCCGGAGAACGCGUCCGUCUCGGCGGUGCGCGUCGCGCAGACCGAGAGGUUCGUGGACGCCAUCCAGGUCCAGUACAAAAACGGCGAGGGCGACUGGCACGGGAGCUUCGAGUCGUCGGGCGAGCUCAGCGCGUGGCAGACGCUCGCCUGCAUGGGCGACGAGCACGUCACGCGCGUCGUCGUCUACCUGACGCCCGAGGGCCAGGUGCGGCGGCUCAAGGUCGGCACGAGCGAGGGCCGUGUCCUGGACUCGGCGGCAGUGAGCGGCAUCGACGUCGACGUCGACGCGGGCGGCACGACGACGCGGAUGUGCGACAGCGCGGGCGACGUGCUGCGCGGCGUCGCCGAGGCGCUGACGGUCCGCGACGGCGUCGCAACGCGCGAGGUCUCGUUCCUGUUCGGCGCCGCGGCGCCGCCGAGGCCGCCGCCGCCGCCGGCCGGCGCGAAGAAGCGGAACGUCCGGUCCUUCUCCGCGCCCGAGGCGCGGCCCUCCGUCGACGCGCCGCCGCCCGAGAUCGUCAACGAGCGCGAGACGCUCGAGACGUACUUCCGGUCCGCGAGCAACACGUCGGCCGCGCUCAUGGGGCUGGACCUCCUGCGCGCGAACCUGUGCUACCCGAGGAGCUCGACGCCCCGCGGAGGGAAGAAGGGGGGGAAAAAAUAA